AAAUAAUUAUUAGCAAAGAAUAUCAAUCACUGGAGUGCUUCAAUUAUAGAGGAGGUCUGAAAAGAAUGAAAAUAUCUGUAUAAAUGCUUCUUUCUUCAGCUUUUAGUAUUACGGGAAAAAUAUUCAACUUAAUGCUGCAUGAUAGAAGUAUCCACAAUUAGAAUAUAUGUGAAGUAUCUCUCCAGUGCCUGCUGAAGCUAGAUGCUUUCUUGAUAAUUAUAUGCAAGUAAUUCCAUUCAUUUGUUUAUGCUAAGGAAGAUAAAUUAAGUUUUGAAGAUUGGUAGAGCUUCAGAAGUUAUUUACUCACAUAAACUUCAACCAUAAGAAGAAGCAAUCAAAAGUUUGCCUGCUUAAAGUUAGGGCAAACUUGGUUAGUCUUCAUAAGUAUUCAGCCGGACUUUCAAUUAUUGCAAGAAUAAGACCAAGUGCCUCAAAAGAUUACAAACGAAGAAUGUAAUUCUGUGUGUGCCAGCUGGGGCUUGUUUGCCAUUUCUGCUUCAGGCUUUGCCUGUCAGAAACAUAAACUGCAAACCUAAAAACCAAGUUCCAGCUAUCUGAUGUUGACCAGUGAGAGAUAUAUGCUAUAAGAUUCAUUGCAGUUUGUUCAUAAAAACUUGUACUUUUUCAAUUGUAAAUAAAACCUGUGAGUAAAUAAAUAACUUCUGAAGCUCUGCUGAGGUGUUCGUUGAUUGUACAGUAGACAGAUUCAGUUUAAUAACAGAGAAAAUAACUAACACAGUAACUUUCUGUUGGCUUACUGAGUGGAGUAAUGACAUUGUGUGAUCAGACAGAUAAGCAGCAGUUAUUGCUCAGGAAUGGGGAACUGCAGCUGAGAGCAGAGGGAGGAGCUAUUUAGGUUAAGCAGUAAUGUGGAAUUACAUAGUAAGAGAACACAGAUUAUGGAGCUCUGUGGUGCAACAAGACUUGGCUAUUUUGGAAGAAGUCAAUUUUACAUUGCUUUGAAACUUGUUGCUGUGGCCCAAUCUGGUCUCCCUCUAAGAGUGGAAAGCUUAAAUACAGUAAAGGACCUCCCUCUUCCCAGAUUUGUUGUGUCAAAGAAUGAACAAGAGUCAAGACACACAGCCUUGUAUUCUUCAGAUGCUGAUAAUUCAGCUUCAUAUUCAGGUGUGAUUCCUCCUCCUCCACCUGGCAGGAUACAAGUCAAAAAAGGCUCUGUGAGCCAUGACGCAGUUCAGCAGCGUACAUCAACUGAUCAACAGGAGUCCACAUCUCCAGUUGUUUCACCACAGCAAUCCCCACCAACCUCUCCACAUACCUGGAGGAAGCACAACCGCCAUCCCAGCGGAGGGAAUAAUGAGCGACCUCUGGCUGGACCUGGCCCUUUUUGGGCUCCAUUUAGUGAAGUGCAACCAGGCUCAUCUACUUCUAGUGAUCCCAUAUGGUCUGGCCAUUCACCACCACCCCAUCAAGAAAAUUGGGUCAGUUUUGCAGAUACCCCACCAACCAGUGCUCUUUUAGCCAUGCAUCCUGCUUCUGUCCAGGACCAGACAACAGUACGAACUGUAGCAUCAGCUACAACAGCAAAUGAAAUUCGUAGGCAAUCAAGUAGUUAUGAUGACCCCUGGAAAAUAACUGAUGAACAAAGGCAGUAUUAUGUUAAUCAGUUUAAAACCAUUCAACCUGAUCUAAAUGGAUUUAUACCAGGAUCUGCAGCUAAAGAAUUUUUCACUAAGUCAAAACUACCUAUUCUUGAACUUUCUCAUAUUUGGGAACUGUCAGAUUUUGAUAAAGAUGGUGCACUGACAUUGGACGAGUUCUGUGCUGCAUUUCACCUGGUAGUUGCUAGGAAGAAUGGGUAUGAUCUGCCAGAAAAGUUACCUGAAAGUUUAAUGCCCAAACUGAUUGAUUUGGAAGACUCAACAGUGAUUCCUGUCGUUUCAGAAGCUGGGGAACAGACUGGUGAGGUAGGUUACUCUGGCUCUCCAGCAGAAGCACCUCCAAGCAAGUCUCCAUCAAUGCCAUCCCUAAACCAGACUUGGCCAGAAUUGAAUCAGAGCAGUGAGCAGUGGGAGACAUUUAGCGAACGCUCUUCAAGCUCACAAACUCUGACCCAAUUUGAUUCUAACAUUGCACCAGCUGAUCCUGACACUGCAAUUGUGCACCCAGUUCCUAUAAGAAUGACUCCAAGCAAAAUCCACAUGCAGGAAAUGGAGCUUAAAAGAACUGGAAGUGAUCAUGCUAACCCUACUAGUCCACUACUUGUGAAACCAUCAGAUCUCCCAGAAGAAAAUAAAAUUAGUUCAUCUGUAAAAUUUACAUCUGGAAAUACAGUUACAGAUGGUUACAGCAGUUCGGACUCUUACACUUCAGAUCCGGAGCAAAUCGGAAAUGCUGUAACGCGGCAACGAUCACAUUCAGGAACAUCUCCAGAUAACACUGCACCACCACCACCCCCUCCAAGGCCUCAUGCUUCUCAUUCUCGGUCAUCAUCUUUAGAUAUGAACAGAUCCUUUUCAGUUACCCCAGGACAGCAACAGGCUGGAGUUGUUGCCUAUCCGCCUGCAGUGCCUCCAAGACCACAGCCUUCACAGGGCACAGGUCCUCAUGUGCAUCGCUCAGUGGAUGCUGAUGGCCUAAUAGCUCAUACCAGUACCUCACCUCAACAAAUACCAGAACAGCCAAAUUUUGCAGACUUCAGCCAGUUUGAGGCAUUUGCUGUUUCAGGUGUAAACAAAGAGGAAGAAGAUGAAAUUGAAACGCACUCAGAAGUCUUGCAGGUUGAAAAGCCCUCUGAUUCUGCAAGUUCUCUUAGAGUUGCCAAAGCAGAUGGAAGAGUUGAAGACAAAGCACCUGCAAAUGUCCCCAGUAGUGCGGGUAAAGGCACUACCCCACUUGCUCCACCACCGAAGCCUAUUCGUAGAAGAUUAAAAUCAGAAGAUGAGCUAAGACCUGAAGCUGAGGAACAUACACAGAAAACAGGUGUCAUAGCUGCUGUUCUUGCUUCACAGCCAUCUAUUCCUAGAUCAGUGGGGAAAGACAAGAAGGCAAUUCAGGCAUCAAUCAGACGUAACAAGGAAACCAACACUGUUUUGGCCAGAUUGAACAGUGAACUACAGCAGCAACUAAAGGAUGUUCUUGAAGAGAGAAUCUCCCUGGAAGUCCAACUGGAACAACUUCGACCCUUCUCUCACCUCUAAGCCUACUGCCGUUAACUGUGAAUUUACUAAUUUUGAAAGGGGUAUUGGUUUCAAGGCCUAUUUAAAUAUCCAUGCAUCUAGCUCAAUGCACUCUAUUCUACAUUAAAUGUUGUGGUUCUGUUUUGUCAAUUUGUCCACUUUUGUAUUUUAAGUAUUUUAAUUUCAGUACAGAGAGAAAAAAAACAAACAAACUACUUUUUCCUUGAAUGUGACACUGCCUCUCACAUCUUUCUUUGUGGGCAUCCAUGAUCUUUGUUGGACUUGAGUUUGCAGAGUUUGUCACCAAAAUUGCCAACUGGAAUUUUUUUGUAGUUUUUUUUUUCCUGUUGAAACAUCUUUGCAGAAGAGGGUUGCUAAUCAGUUGAUUUUAACCUUUAAGCACAUAAACUCUUCAUUCACUAUGGCAUUUAUUUUAUUGUGCCAGAAAAGAGACAAACUACUAAUCUGUCAUCAGCCAAUGUUGCUUCCCAAGCUGCCUUUCACAAUUGGAAAGUUGUUCACGAUUCUAGAAAGCCUGCCUCUUUGCAAUUCCCCAGCUUCCUCAGGUUGGAAGAGUUCUUGCAGGCUGUUUGCCAUAUCAACUGGAUUGGAUUUUGUGAUUUUUGUUGCAUACAUUACAGAGUAUGUAACCACAGAUUGCCAGGUGUUCACAUUUUAUCCAUUCAUAAUCCUGAUCCAGCCGCAUGCGUAGAAACAUUUAUGGCACAAUUGGUAGUCUAUCAAACAGGUCUUCUUUAGUUCUCCCUUUUCUGAAAAGAGUUGGGUGUAGGUCCCAAACAUUAAUUGCACAUUAUCUAAGCACCACCUGUAAUUGCAUGUCUCACAAUUACCUUUUAAUAGCAGAUCACAUCCACCAGUCUUCACUAUAACAAAUUGUAUUGUCAAGUAAUGUGUCAAUACCUCUAUGAACUUCUAAUUCCCAGCAAAAAAAAAAAAAAAAAAAAA